UUCUAAUUAUUCGGACCUACAUCUCCUGUACUUUUCUUCCCUCUUUAAAGACUUUCCCUCACUCACUCUCUCUCUCUCUCUCUCUCUCAAUCAUAUUUUUAAACUAUGGGAAGAUCACCUUGUUGUGAUAAGAAUGGCCUGAAGAAAGGGCCAUGGACCACAGAAGAAGAUCAAAAACUAGUUGAUUACAUUCAAAAGAAUGGCUAUGGCAACUGGAGAACUCUUCCAAAGAAUGCUGGGCUUGAAAGGUGUGGAAAGAGUUGUCGGCUUCGUUGGACCAACUAUUUGAGGCCUGAUAUCAAAAGAGGCCGAUUCUCUUUGGAAGAAGAAGAAGCUAUAAUCCAGCUACACAGAGUGUUGGGAAACAAGUGGUCAACUAUUGCAUCUCGCUUGCCUGGAAGAACUGAUAAUGAAAUCAAGAACUACUGGAACACACACAUUCGAAAAAGGCUUCUCCGAAUGGGAAUUGAUCCGGUGACUCACAAUCCUCGCCUUGAUCUUCUUGACCUUUCUUCCAUACUAAGCCAGCCUCUUUACAAUCCAUCUCAAAUGAACAUUUCAAGAUUGUUAGGGGUCCAAACCCUACUUAACCCCGAGCUUUUAAGGCUAGCCACUUCUCUUUUCUCUUCGUCCCAGCGCCACCAAAAUCCAAACUUCCUUCAACAAAAUGUUCAACAAAACAACCCUAUUAGUUCCAAUUCCGAUCAGCUAGUCACAAAUAAUCAACUAAUGCCACCGUCGAUGCAACCUAGCCAAGCUCAAGAAUUUCAAACCUUUGUCCCAUUCACUAAUGAUGCGCAAGCGCAAUUCAUGGAACCUCAAUUCACCGAAUUACUAAAUGACUGGGGGCAAUGCAAUGAAUUGGCUAACGGUAAUUACCCAGACUUCCAGAAUUACGGCUAUUACGGGUUGGAUCAGUUCGUGCCCAGCAUGCCAUCCGAGACCUCCGACUUCCAGUCCAACGGCAGCAACAAUAUGACGAGCUUCACAAAUAUUUCGUCGACACCAGCAUCAAGUCCAACACACAUCAACAGCACUAGUACUAUUGCAGCUGAAGAAGAAACGGAAAAUUAUAGUAUCAGUAGCAUGUUGAAGUUUGAGAUUCCAGAUAGUUUUGAUUUGGAUUGUUUCAUGUAAAUCAGUGACUUGAAUAAUUGUUAAUGAUCAAAGCGGUAAGUUUCAAGAUU